GUUUUAUUUCUCUGGCUGUCUCUCUGAGGUUUGUGUAUAAAAUGUUGCAAUUUGAAUGAUCUUUACCUAGGCUUUAGAGAGGUACUUCUAUUGCAAAUAUUAGUUAACAUUUCCCCCUGCUGGUCAUGAUGGUGAACAGGGUCAUCUUUGGAGCCUAUAUUUUUUUCGUUAUAUUUUCUACACACUGCAGCCUUCUUGAAACUAUAUUCAUUUGUUUUUUGCUUUUUAUUUACUUGUUUUUAUUAGUUAUUUUAGACACAUAGCCCAUAGGUGUACGCUUGAAUAUUCUCUGGCAGUGAAAAGUUACGUGCAUUGUUUGGUUUAACGAGGUGGAUGUAUAGGCCUACUAUUCUAAACUAAACUCACUUAACAAGCAAUGAAUUAAACUAUGUAAGAAUGGUCAAUGUUCAAUUUAAUUAGGCAAAUAUCUUAACAGGAACAGAAUGUCGCACCCUCUUGCACUCCGCGGUAGAGAAUAGAGGUAACACACUGUGACAGGCUCCACCUCUCUAAACUCUUUGCUUGAAAUGUGUUGAGUAGGUAGGAAGUUGUGGACACACACGCACACACAGUUUUACUCUCAUUACUGAUUCUGUAAUUUCAUCUUUAAGCAAGUGUAAUUUCCCCAAUGUGUACAGAUACAUGUGAUUAGUUCUCUGUUGUUCAGUCCGUUUGCUAGGUAGCUCACAUUAGCGUAGCCUACUGAAGCGUAAGCAAGUUUCCUUUAGCUAGGUAGAAAAUUCCAUAUAGAAAUGGGUGUGUAGCAUCAAUUUAUUGGCAAGGAAAUGUACGACUGAGUCAAGACUUUGAACAAUUUGCUCAACAGUCCCAAAUAGGUAGUGUUAGAGCUUCGUGGCGCUUUGAUGGAAGCUGUUUUUCAAGCUCCCAAACGACGUGCAAGAGUUUAUGAGGCUUAUGAGGCGCCUCUGCCUGUACCAAUAUUCGAGCAGGAUGUGACCAACCCUCAUCAUCUGGUAUUCAAAGCCGAACUUCUUAAUAAUCACGUAAUUGUGAGGAAUCCAGACUAUAUACAAUCCCUGUACAGUAAGGGCUACUUUGGCAAAGGCAUAUUGUCUAGAAGCAGACCAGAACAUAGCCUAUCUGAGAGGUGGAAAGAUCAUGGUGAUUUCUAUCUCCCGGUCAUCUCACACUCGAGGUAUCAAGCACAACUGCAACUGGCACGGGACGCUUUGCAGGCUCAAGGUUUGGAAGAGGAAGUUGUCAGACAGACCCUUGAAAGGUUAACCCAGCCAGUGGAAUACCUUGUGACAGAAAGUGGUAAGGAGCAGGAAAAUGGACAUGCAGAGAUCCCUCUCAGCCCUCAUGUGAGGGGGGACGACGAGCCAUGUGUGGACACAACUUUAAAGAUCCUGGACUCUUCCUCAAAACGACCCUCUGGUUGUGAAGAUCUGAGUGAUGGGGUGGAAGAUGGAGGUGGAACCUCUCCUGAAGCUAAGAGGCCCCGACGGCAAGGGAACCCUGUGUAUGAUCCCUUAGCCAGUAUGUACCCUGAGGAGCCUGAGCAGCUGGAUCCGAAAGCCUGGUCCCAGAUCAGGUGUUCGAGGCACGACGACUGGAUCGUCCACUGUGGCUGUCGGCUGCAGGAGAGUCAGCUGGAAGCAGCUGCACCUCUGCAGGACUGCAAAACUGACACUCAAGGUUGUGAAUAUGUUCUUGUGGAGGAGCAGGAGGACAAUGAGGAGUCCACACAAGGCCAGAGAAAUGCCAAUGGCACAGGGAAAUUAGUGUGCCGAAUUAACCCCUUCAGGAUUACCGAAUACCUACAGCUGAGUUUGGAGGAGGCAUUCUUCCUGGUCUAUGCUUUAGGUUGCCUGUCGAUUUAUGACCAUGAGGAGCCGCUAUCAGUUCUCCAGGUGUGGGAAAUGUGUCGUUCAAUGCAGCCAAACUUCGAGACCACCUAUGUGGCUUACCACUAUUUCCGCUCCAAGGGAUGGGUACCAAAGACAGGAGUGAAAUACGGCUCCGACUUCAUGCUCUAUCGGAAAGGACCACCUUUUUAUCAUGCAAGCUACUCGGUGGUGGUGGAGAGGGUAGAUGAGUCCUUUAAGGGGGCAACACUGCGACCUUUCAGCUGGCGCUCCUUGGCCGCCCUCAGCAGGGUCACCGGAAACGUCUCGAAGGAGCUGAUGCUUUGUUAUGUUAUUAUUCCGUUGGACAUGAAUGAAGAGAUGCUUUGCUCUCCAGAAUGCAUCAAGAGGAUGAAAGUGCAGGAGAUGAUUCUGAGCAGAUGGAUAUCCUCACGAGAACGCACCGAUCAAGAUGAAAUAUAGACGUUGACUCAACUACUGUGUUUCAUUGUUGCAAAGGCGGUCUGUGGAAAUCAACAGAUGUAGAUGAGGCAGCAGGCCCUCUCCAAGAGUUGAGAUGCAGCCAACGUCCACAUGAACAUUAAUAGAAAUGUUGCAACUUCCUAUCAGUAGAGCUGACCUUAUUUGUUUUAAUUGUUCUUUUGCCAAUGCACAUUUGGUGCAGCUGUUUAAUAAUUUGGAAACCAGUUGUGUACUGCAGAUUGUUAGGUAAUUGUUUUGGAGACAUGUUGUUGGAACACUCUGCAAAACAGUCACUUGAGAUUGUACAUUCAUUUUCUCAUAAAUAAAUGUACAAAUGUCUACAAUCAGCCAUAUAAAGAGAGCAUUUAUUUAGCCAUUUGUGGAUAUUGCAGUGCAUUACUUCAGCUUCUUGCAAGCGGAUGUGUUGAUGCUCAGAAGAGCAUUUUAAAAGGGUGUUGCAGCUUAAAUGAACACCUCUCCGGCAUGCUUCAGUGUGGCUUAAUUGUAAGAUGGCUCAGGAGGUAAUGGGAUCCCCACAUGAACAUGGAUAAUCAGGCAGGCAACCCUUCUGGCGGAUGUGUGGUGUGGGUGAUUUGGGUCGGUCACGGUCACGUUGUCCCAUUGUUGCUGUCAGACUGUGUGUGUGUGUGUGUGUGUGUGUGUGUGGCCGGCCUGGAUUCAUUAUGUUUAGGAAAACAAUGCUCAGCAUUCGCUGCUGUGUGCUCUCAGACCAUGACAGAGGUGUGAUAUCUCUUCCACUUAAGAACAUUUCAGUUUGUUUACCUGUGGCCCAGCCCAAUUUAUUUAUUUAUGUGUGAGAUGCUUUAUAUUCAAUACAUUUUUUUGAACGGCAUCAAGUUGCUGGUGAAUUAAAUAA